AUGUCAGGAGAAGAAAGCCAAUUCAACGUCCAAGGUUACAACAUUGUAACUAUUCUUAAAAGAUUAGAGGCAGCUACCUCUAGAUUAGAAGAUAUAACUAUAUUCCAAGAAGAAGCCAAUGUGAUUCCAGACGGGAAAGCCGGUGCUAUUGAUGGAGAAAAGAAAAAAUCAAUUGAGUCGGGGGCUGCUGGUGCUGGUGCUGGCUCUUCUGGUCCAUCUGGUCCAGUCAAGCCACUAGUUAUUGAAGAAUCUAAACAAGUUAAGGCUUUCAAAGAGUAUUUGGAAGAACACGUAAAGCCAUUUACUGCUAAGUCCAAAGAAGUCGAUACCUUAGUGGGUCAAGCAGCAUCGACAUUAGCCGAUGCAUUUGAAGCACAAGUCAAAUUCUUGACGAUUGUCGAUCAAGCCAAAAAACCAGAUAUGUCAAGUGGAGAAUUUUUGGAACUUAUCAAUCCAAUUAACAGUCAAAUUGAAAAACUUAACAAUUUGAAGGAAUCCAAUCGUAGAUCCGAAUACUUUAAUCAUUUGAGUACCCUUAGCGAAGGGGCACCAGUGUUGGGAUGGAUUCUUUCAAAUCUUCCAGUUCCAAUGAUUAGUGAAUUUAAAGAUAGUGCUCAAUUCUGGUCCAACCGAGUAAUUAAGGAUUAUAAGGAAAAGGAUCCAAAGCAAGCUGAAUGGGCCAAACAAUUUAUUGCGAUUUUUGAACCUUUGAAAGCUUAUGUUAAAGAAUAUCACACUACUGGACCAGCCUGGAAUAAUAAGGAUGGUAAAAACAUAUCUGAAGUUUUGAGUAAGGCCCCAGUUAGUGCAGCACCACCAGCCGCUGGUGGAUCAGCCCCACCUCCACCACCACCACCUCCACCACCAGCUUCAAUUUUCGAAGACGACGGUGGUGCAGCUAAAUCCGCUCCAGCAAGUGGAGGAGGCAUGAAUGCAGUUUUCGCUGAUUUGAAUAAAGGUGAAGGAAUCACAUCAGGACUUAAAAAGGUUGAUAAAUCGGAAAUGACCCAUAAGAACCCAGCCUUGAGACAACAGGCUGCAGCAAAGAAACCAACUCCACCAAAAAAACCCACCAACUUAUCCUCUGCCCCCUCUACCAGUGCUCCUAAGAAGAAACCAGCCAAGAAGGAAUUGGUUGACGGAACCAAAUGGAUUAUUGAAAACUUUACUGAUGCCGACGUUCCUGCAAACCAACCAAUCACCAUUGAAGCAGAAAUGCACCAAUCUAUUUUCAUUGGUAACACCAGCGGAAUCACGAUCCAAGUCAAGGGUAAAGCCAAUGCUAUUUCCUUAUCGGAAACCCGUAACACCGGCGUUGUGGUUGACUCUUUAAUCAGUGGUAUUGACGUGAUCAAAUCCUACAAGUAUGGUUUACAAGUUUUAGAAGUGGUUCCAAUGAUCAGUAUCGAUAAGUCUGACGAAGGUACCAUCUACUUGAGUCAAGCAAGUGUAGAUGCCGACACCCAAAUCUUCACCAGUUCCACCACUGCAUUAAACAUCAAUGUUCCCCAAGAUGAUGACUAUUCUGAAUUAGCCGUUCCCGAACAGUUCAAACACACCAUCAAGAACGGCCAAUUAGUCAGUGAAGUCGUCGAACACGCUGGCUAGCCUAUAUACC